CCUAGGAAAAGAGACCUUUAGCUUGCCGUACAUGGUCAUCGGCUAGAGAGUAGCAGUAGAAAGUUUCCAGCACAUGAGCGUGUCAGGAUGAAUGGAACAGCUUAUUCUAACUUUGACAACCAGGAACACGUCCUGAAACUAGGAGAGACGUUUGAGAAGCACCCGAAGAGCGGCUACCACACAGUGCGGUAUGACUUCAAACCAGCCUCCAUUGAUACGACGUGUGAAGGGGAGCUUGAAGUUGGCAAAGGAGAACAAGUUACUAUAACUUUACCCAAUUUAGAGGGUUCGAGUACUCCAGUAACGGUCUUUAAAGGCUCCAAAAGGCCGUACAUGAAGGAGUGUAUCCUCAUCGUCAAUCAUGAUACAGGAGAGUACAGACUGGAGAAACUCAACAGCAACAUCGCUGUGAAGAAGACCAGGGCUGAGGGCAGCAGUAAGAUCCACUCUCGCCUGGAGCAACAGACGAGUCGCCUGAGCCAGCAGAUGAAGAGCAACAACAGCAGCAGCAGCAGCAGCAGUAAGACCUCCAUCAGCUCCAAGAGCUCUCCACCCAAAGAGAAGACGUCCCCAGCAUCGCCCAUGGACGACAUCGAGAGAGAGUUGAUGGCGGAGGCGCGGGUCAUGGACCAGCUGAGCAGCGGCGACAGCUCCUCAGACUCCAACAGCUCUUCGUCCUCCAGCAGUGACGACAGCUCCAGCAGCAGCGACUCAGAAGACGAACGGACCUCUGCCCCGCCCCCGGCCCCGACCAAUCACAGCAUGCCUAUCCUCACCACCAGCGCCAACAACAACAGCCGUCACCAGGAGAGUGGAGGAGGACUCAUGAACACACUCAAGAGCGACCUGCAGCUGAGUGAAUCAGGCAGUGAGAGUGACUGAACAACGCGAGGGCGUCUGUGGACAUCAGGAGGAUUUUCAGUGGGAAGAAAAGGAAGCGGGUACACACCUGUCAGUGUCUUGUUUCAUUUAACGUGGGACUGUCUUCUCUACAUAUCCACAUUUCUGCUAGCAAAGAUCAUUUGUUGCUUCUCCGCCAACAAACUUUCUGUCUCAGUUUUUGCUUCAUGGUGCCUUUUUUUUUUUUUUUUUUUUUUUUUUUUCAUGUGAAGACUGCAAGUUAGUGAGAUGCCUUAGUUUAGAGCGAAGAAGAGAAGCAGGAAAUUAUGACAACCAUCUGUAAUAUUUCAUCUCUCUGGAUGCACAUCUGUGGUUAAACUGAGCAAACAUAUCAGAGGCAGAACGACGGCGGUGUUCAUGAAGUGUAGACGAUGUUUCUGCCCAACAGUCAGUCGUGUUAAACCACCACUGGAGUUUCUGCAUCUCAGUUCAGUGAUAUCAGGACAUGUUGUUGUGCCUUAGGUCAGAUGUGGGUUAAUAGCUUCAGUUCAGCUGCGUUACAUGAAUCUGUCCAACAGGCAUUAAACUUUAUUUAGGACGAGCCACACUGAUGCAGCAGUCUUCUGCUUUUGUCUCAGAAUUAUAGUAAAGUUAGAAACUUUAGCUUUGAAUCACUGAAACUUCAGGACGUCAACAGAUUUUCAUUUAAAGCUGCAUUAAUUCAAAUAAAAUAAAAACUUUCUGCAGUGCUGUGGAACAAGCUAAAAACAAAAUGCUGAGUAUGUCUACAUGCACAAAAUAUCCUUCAUUCUGAAAAAGACAAUAUUCAUACGGAGCUGUUUACACGGUAAUGAAAAUGAAUAUAUCACUAAUAUUCCUGUUUACACACAGCUGUGCAGACCCCAAUUAACACGCCCCAACAUGUCUUCUAUCACGUCAACAUAAAGAGAAGUGGAACAGAUGUUUUCAAAGUUUCCAAACUCUUUUGACCUCGUGAACUCAGCCCUCCUCUUUCGCUCCUUCAGCCACCACACCUGCAGUAAAUGGCCUGUGAUGGGAUAUUUGCCAAAAACCUGUUGCUAUCAGAGUCUUUCAUAAAGUUAAAAAGUAGGUGUGUGUGUGUGUCUCCCUCUGACCUGAAAUGUUGGCUUUUCUUCUGCAUCUCUACACGAGCCUCGCAACCGGUUGGCGAGUUGGUUUGUGUACCACGUCUCCAUGACAACACAGACCGUAUGGUGCAAACUGCCGGUAAAACUCCAGCUGACAUGCCCAAAUAAUGCUAUUAAAACCUGAAUAAUUCGCUAAUAUCCCACAUGUCUUUGUCGUAGAAUCCUACAUUCAGUAAAAGGCCUGAUUCAGAAUAUUUAAAUGGAACAUGCUGUUUACAUGAGCCCCAUUAAACUCAGAGUCUCAUCAUAUUUGGAAUUACCGUGGAAUAAUAGUGUGCAUGUAAACGUAGCCAGUGAUGAAUUAAAGUGGAAGCAAACAGUCGCUCAGUUACAGAUGUAGAAGUCACUUAUCAGCUCUGACUGACUCUGAGCAGGUGAUGCACAGUUUAUCUUUUCUGUUUUUGGUCGGUCACAGCUGCUCUGACUGGAAACAGGUGAUGAGAGUUUGAAAACCAAACAGCCCAGUUGCCGGACAAAAAUGUUGGCUUUGUACGUUUCUGAAAACCACGUACGUACACAUGUGUACAUUUAAGUGACGCAGUUUACGAGCUGAUUUGUCAUCAGGAGGUGGAUGGCGUGUCAACGCUGGCCAAGCUGCAGACCACUGCUCGAGAACAACGAACAACAGAACACGUUAUUUUUAGCGAUUCAUCGCUGUGGGUCCGGACGAUGGUUUAGGAUGUGAUCACACGUGAGUGAACGCAGGCGAGUGACUGUUUCCUGCGGAGGCGAUGUUGGAGCUGAAUGUGACGCAGACGCAAAGCUAGCUUGCUAAUAAAUGCUGCCAAAUAUAGUGUUACUGGUACAUUUUUCCUUCCAUGUCUGUCUCCCGACUCGCUGCCCGCCAGGCGGCGUCUCUCAUGUGGGGCAGUUUGUGUUUUCAUGGACGAUAUCAGCUGGUUUAUCAAGGCAAUGAGCGAUGUCUCCUUCACACAUACUUAUUUGCUGUUGAACUCCACAAGAUGAAUGAAUGAAUUUGCUUUACCACCAGAAGCAAAUUUUUUAUUCGGCACAAGUGUUGAUUUCACUCAUGUGUGACCGAGCCCUCAGCCAACAAAGUUUGGGUGUUUUUUAGCGACCUGUCGCAGCAUUUCCAGCUGGGAUAGAGCCACGAAAAUGGGUUCCUAUUAUCGAGAUAUGGCUGUGUUUGCAGCUGGGAUAGAGCCACAAAAAUGGGUUCCUAUUAUCGAGACAUGGCUGUGUUUGCAGCUGGGAUAGAGCCACAAAAAUCAGUUCCCUAUUAUCGAGACAUGGCUGUGUUUGCAGCUGGGAUAGAGCCACAAAAAUCGGUUCCUAUUAUCGAGACAUGGCUGUGUUUGCAGCUGGGAUAGAGCCACAAAAAUCAGUUCCCUAUUAUCGAGACAUGGCUGUGUUUGCAGCUGGGAUAGUGCUCUGAAAAGUUAUUUUUUUAUUACCGAAUUACUGCUGCGUUUCCAGCCGGGAUAGAGCCACGAAAAGCAGUUGUAACGUACAAAUGUAACGUAUCUUUAGUUUGCAGAAACGUAUAACCCCUACAUUUACUCUGGUGACUGGGUUCAACCAAAAUAACGAGCUGAAAGAUGCUAAAAUGUUUUGUAGAUCUUCAGGUCAGAGUUGAUAGAUGAUGAUUGCUGCAGCUUUAAGAAUGAAGACGUCUCUGUGACCUUGUUAAUUGUGAUAUUUCAGUUUCCGGCGAGGCGGUGCACGAGCACUCAGUUGACUCAGAGAGAGUCGUGCUUUGUAGCUUUAAACCUGCAAUACUUGAAUCUAAUUAUUUAUAUUUCAAAAUAUCCUCGACCAACGGUGAGAUGCUUAAUAUAUUUGAUAUAUAUUUUAAUAGCCAAGCGAUUGGAAGUUAGUCUGAAGUGUGCUGCGUAAAACAAGCCAGAUGCUUUGAUGCUGUGUCUCAGUGACUCUGAGAGAACGCCAUGUGCCUUUAUUUGCCUCGGCCUGUUGAAACACAGGUGCCACAUCCCUGCUGAGCCGCGUCAGCCAACAGGAAGCUGCUGUUUAUGUUCCGGCAUUUCUUUGGUGUCCCAGCUGACUAAUACAGAGACUGAAAUGAAGAUGUCUUAAGUCAAUAAUGUGUUUAGCCUUAAGGACGGUGGCCUCAGAGGAUCAUUUGUAAACAAUUUGAGAGAAAUUUCUUUGUAGAAAAAUAAAGAUUUUAAUAAUU